AUGAUAGAAGAGUACAGGAAAAGAUCGCGGAAACAUCGUUUUAUUCAAACUCGAGCAGCGCUGUGUCUAUGGGCUCCUGCACUCUGCUGGGUACCAUCUCUGCAGCAGCAGCAGCAGCAGCAGCAGCAGCAGGAGGUGAGCCCGGUGCAGGCAGUAGCGGCAGCGGCGGAGGCUGCGGCGGUGGCUGCUGCUGCCCCUGAGGACAAAGCAGCAGCAGCUGCUGCUGCUGCUGCUGUUGCUGCUGAGCUGCAGCAACUCGAUGCAGCAAUUGCUGCUGCCUGUCACCAGAUGGACGCUCAAGAACUACAAAAUGUUAUAUACACCCGAAAGGCUUUAGCAUCAGAGCGUUCAGCAGCAGCAACAACAAAAACAGCACGUGCAGCGCCUGCUGCUGCUGCUGCUGCUGCUGCUCACACAGCGAGGAAGGAGUCCUUACCGUCGUUGUCUGUGCAGGAGAAACGAAGUUCAGGGGUUAGGCGGGGGAGAGAGAGCAUCAGCAACAGCAGCGGCAGCGGCAGCAACAGCAUCGAAUGCAGCAGCAGCAGCAGCAGCAGUGGCGGCGGAAGGGGAGCAGCAGAAGCAGCAACAGGAACAGAAGCAUUCCCCCCAAAGCAACUGCAGCAUAUAUCGCUUGAAGCAGCUGCUUUGAAUCCGAAGGAUAAUGCAUGCAGACGAGACAGCCGCAGCAGCAGCAGCAGCAGCAACAACAGCAACAACAGCAACGGUUGCAGCAGCAACAAAGCAGCUCAGCCUUCGCAAAUGAGAGACUUUGAGAUACAAAAGGCUUCAAAAGCAGCAGAAGGGAGAAAAAAGAUACGGAAGACGGAGCCUUCAACCGUUUUUGCUGCUUGUGCUGCUGCUGGUACUGGUGCUGCUGCUGCUGCUGCUGCUGUUUCUACUGUUUCUGCUGCUGGAGGAAGCAACAGCAAAGUUACAGGAGAGCAUAACCCUUCGGCAGCAAUUCUCUCUUCGCCGUUCUGUACUCAGCAAGACACUGGAGCAACAGCAGCAGCAACACCUGCAGCUGCAGCAGCAACAGCUGCAGAAGCACCAACACCACCACGUGCACCAGCCUCAGCACAAGCAGCAGCAGCAGCAGCAACAGCAGCACCAGCAGCAACGGCAGCAAGAGCUGCAGCACCAACUACAGCAGCAGUGAACUCCGCUUUGAGUGCUACACCAGAAUGCCGAGCAGCAGUGGCUGCUGCAGCAGCUUCAGCAGCAGCAGCUACUGCUGCUGAAGCUGCUGCAGAUGCACCACGAGCUUGCCCAGCAGAUUCAGCUUCACCAGCUCCUGCUGCUGCAGCAGCAGCAAAAGCAGCAGCAGCACCUGCUGCUGCUACUGAGAAGAGCAGCGGCGUUCCGGACUUCGCCGAAAAGUUUAGAAGGGUGACGGAAAUGUAUGAAGAGUUAAUGAGAGGAUUCAGCUCUAGCGACAUCUGCUGCAGCAGCACGGAGCAGCAGCAGCAGCAGGACGAGCAGCAGGACGAGCAGCAGCUACAGCAGCAGCUGCAGCAGCACAUCCAGACGCAGACGCAGCAACAGCAGCACCAACAGCAACCGCAGAAGCGGCAGCAGCAUCCCCAAGGAAUGCAACACAUAGGAAGUCCCCACAGUCAGGACCAGCAACUGCAGCAGCAGCAGCAGCAGCAGCAACAGCAGCAGCAGCAGCAACAGCAGCAGCAGCAGCAGCAGCAACAACAACAGCAACAGCCGUUGUUGUUGCAUAGGCACGAGGAAGAUAGUAGACAGCGAAAUCAGGAGAAGGAACGGAGCCAGCACCAGCCACAGCAGCAGCAGAGAAACCAGCUGCAACAGCAGCAACCACAGCGGCAUCAUGAGCAGCAGCUCGAUGUGUUGAAGCAACAGCAACAACAGCAGCAGCAGCAGCAGUUAUCAGAGAGUCCAAUGGUAGCCGAGUGGGAGGCAUAUGCCGGACUUUCGGCUGGGACGGGGGAUCAAGAUCUCGUUUGGCAGCUGCAGCAGCAGCAGGAGCAGCAGCGGCGGCGGGAGCAACAGCAGCUGCAGCAGCAGCAGGAGCAGCAGCGGCGGCGGGAGCAGCAGCAGCUGCAGCAGCAGCAGGAGCAGCAGCGGCGGCGGGAGCAGCAGCAGCUGCAGCAGCAGCAGGAGCAGCAGCGGCGGCGGGAGCAGCAGCAGCUGCAGCAGGAGAAGGAGCGGCAGCAGCGGGAUUGGCGUGUGGGGGUAGGAGAAACUUCUUAUGUUGAUACGCGAGGAAAGCGAGUACGGCGAGACUACAGAGAGGAGGCCUGGACCAGGGAGGAGCAGCAGCGGCAGCGGGAGCAGCAGCAGCAGCAGCAGCAACAGCGGCAGGGAGAGCCGUGCCGUCGCCUCUGUGAGGAGAAGACGUGGGAGCAGCAAAGGAGACAGAAAGAUGUAGGUUGGGAGGCAGCAACACCUGUAGCUGUUCGCUGCAGAGAAGACAGCCGCCGCAGCAGUGCCUGUCCCGACAGCAGCAGCUGCAGCAGCAGCAGCAGCAGGUACACCAGCAGCUACAGCGGCUACAGCAGCUACAGCAGCUAUAGCAGCAGCAGGUGCUCAUCUCGGCAUCAUCGUCGGUCUCCGUCAUUCGAAGGAAGAGAGGGGAGUAGACGGCAGGGACGCAUGCAUUAUUAUGAGGAGCAGCAGCAGCGGCAGCACCAGCAGCAGCACUUCCGCUCUGAGGGGCAGCAGCAGCAUUCUUUCAACUGCCGUGAGCAGCAGCAGCAGCAAUUCAGAGACAGCCGGCGGCACAGCCCCAGCCAAUGGCCAGGAGAGCAUCGCUCGAGGUCGGGGAGCCUUACUUCACAGCAGCAGCAGCAACAGCAGAGGCAGCAGCAGCAGAGGAGGCAGCAGCAGCAAGACGAGCAGCAAGUCUCCAGGGAGCCGCUGCAUGCGCACUCUCGUCAGCAACCCCAAAGAGACAACUCGUACCACUCACUGGAACCAGCAGGUGAGAAGCAGCAGCAGCAGCAACUGCUCCUGCAGCCGGAGCAGCAGCGGCAACAGCAACACAUAGGAGGAAUGGCAGUGCAGGCCCGCAACGAUAGCCGUCAGCAGCUGCAAGACGACCAGCAGCAGCAGACGCAGCAGCAGCAGCAGAAAGCUGCUGCGAGCGAGCCGCUCUUGAUAAGGAAGACCUAUCCUCUAGAACAGCACAGGCAGCAACAGCAAACGCCGCCGCCGCAGCAGCAGCAGCAGCAAAGGCAGCACCAAGGGCGAGAGAGAAGCCACGAGGCGCAGGGGAGGCACCAUCAGCUACAGCAGCAGCAGCCGCAGCAGCGGCAGGUGCAGCAGCAGCACCAGCAGAUGCAUGAGCGCAACUGGAAAGAUGCGCUGUGGGCAAAGUUUGACGAAGACGACCGCCGCAGGAGGCGAGCAGCUGACUGUAUGAAGGCAGACAGCCGUUCAAAUUUAGGUGUUGGGGGCCGUGUUCGUAGCAGCAACAGCAACAGCAGCGCCGGGAGCAGCAGAAGCAGCAGCCGCUGCUUUAGCAGCAGUUGCAGUAGAAGAAGAAGCCGCAGCAAGAGCUCGAGCCGUAGCUGCGGGGGACCUGUGAAGAGGCAUGUGCUCACUUCUGGGUCAGUGACGCCGAGGGGAGCACAAGCAGCAGCAGAAGCAGCAGCAGAGUCAGCAGCAGCAGCAGCAGCAGCAGAUUCACAUUCUGUUUCUCCUUGCAACCGUGUCGCUGUGUGCCAGUCUGUUCGUCUCUGCCAUACUUCACCAUUAGAGGGGGCCCCGGGGGCCCCCGGGGCCCCACAGGGGCCCCCAAGUAGUCGUAGCAAGUGUUCAGAAGGCCGCCGCGUCUUUAUAGGGAGCUGCGCGCGUAGCUCUGAAUUUGAAUUGGCUUCUGCAGGGCGGCAAGACGCAUCAAGUAGGCGUAAUAAACCCAGCGAUGGGGUGUUUCAAGAGGCAGAGUCCUUUAAGGGGCCCCCAGAGGGGCCCCUAGUACAAAAGACUUUGCAGGGGCCCCCAGCAGAGGGGCCCCUAUUAGAAAAGACUUUGCAGGGACCCCCAGAAGAGGGGCCUCUACACAAACCCGCGCAGGGGCCCCCACCAGAUGGGCCCCUAGAGGGAUCUGCAGGGAUAUCUCCCUCACCCUGGGCCGCAUGGGGCUGUAUUGCGGAGCCACCAUGGAGAAAAAAACAAUUUUUGUGUUGA